AUGGCCCCCAUCGCAGUCGACACCCCGCCCGCCCAGUCGUCCUUCGAGGACAUCUCGGCCCUCAAGGCCCAGCUUGAGGAAGUCGCCAAGACCAACCCCGGACUCAUCCUCCCGCCCGACAACACGAUCAGGCGCUACGCCAAGGCCGGCAUCGACCUCUCCAACGGCUACCCAUACUACCCGCCCAAGCCCGACUUUGUGCAGGACGUGACCAAGAUCCGCGAGGAGGCGCGCGACGGCCGCACCUACGUCGACCCAGGCACACGUGCGGACAAGGAGAAGAAGGCGCUCUUCGGCGCCGCCAAGGAGGUCAACGACCUCACCACCCACAUCGGUACCGAGAUUGUCGGCCUCCAGCUCAAGGACCUCACCGACCAGCAGAAGGACGAGCUCGCGCUCCUCGUCGCCGAGCGCUCGAUCGUGUUCUUCCGUGACCAGGACCUGUCUCCCCAGGCCCAGCAGAGCCUCGGGGUCUACCUCGGCGACGGCGAGAUCGAGCGUCACCCCCAGGUCGCGCAGGUGCCCGGCCUCGGCGGCGGCAUCACACUCAUCUGGGCCGACGGGCGCAAGGACAAUGGCGCGCAGAGGGCGCAGCGUAACUGGCGCCGUCCAUACCCCGCCAACCACCUCAGCUUUGGCUGGCACACCGACCUCGUCCACGAGCCCUACCCUCCCGGAUACACCCACCUGCACCAGGACACGGUGCCCAAGGUCGGCGGCGACACCCUCUGGGCGAGCGGCUACGCGGCGUACGACAAGCUGUCGCCUGCGUUCAAGAAGCUCCUUGACGGACUCAACGGCGUGUACAAGUCGGCCCACCAGUACAAGGACGAGAACGACCCCGAGGGCGGCCUGAAGAACGUGCUCCGCGUCCACCCGCUCGUCCGCACCCACCCCGUGACCGGCUGGAAGUCGCUCUGGGUCAACCGCCAGCACACGGUCGGCAUCGAGGGCUUUGACAAGUCCGAGUCGGACGCACUCCUCAACUAUCUCCACGACAUCUUCGAGCGCUCCACCGACAUCCAGGUGCGCUGGCACUGGACCCCGGGAACCUCGGCCAUCUGGGACAACCGGACCACGAUCCACACCGUGUCGUACGACCACGAGGGUGAGCGUCACGGCACGCGCGUGUCGUCGCUGGCCGAGAAGCCCUACUACGACCCCAAGAGCGUCAGCCGCGCCGAGGCGCUCCAGAUUGACGGGUUCUUGAACGGCAAGGACCUGCCUUUCAGGUACUAG